CACUGACAAUGAGAGGCAGCAGCAGCGCAGCAUCCCGCAUCACACAGAAGGAUGCUGGCAACCAUGUCUGAAAAAACACACACAAAUGGCUGACGAGGUGGAAACAGCGAUGUAGCUUUGAAGAUGCAAUCCUUUUUGGUCUCUCGUUUUCUCUUCUUUCUCUUUUUGUCCAGUUUUAAAGGGACAGCUGGCAAAUCUAUCCCUGAAAGGGAAGCUCUCGAGGUGCAGGUGAGGGUCCAGGUGUUUGACGGCGGUGAUCUUUCACCCCUGCCCAAUGCUGCUAUUACUGUUCAUGGGAACCAGAGUGUGUUGGCACAAAGCAAAGCAGGCAGUGAUGGCGUGCAGGUAGUCAGCUUCCUGUACCGCACAGGAACAUGGGUAAUCAUUACAGCAUCUCAGAGAGAUUACCUCACCAGCUCAGUGCCAUGGCACGCCAGCCGUUUACCCUUAUAUGCCUCUGUCAGUCUUUACCUGAUGGCCCAGAAGCCGGGCACACUGAUCCUAUAUGAUGAUGUCAUCCAGGUCUUUCAUGGCUCCCCAAGUGGGCGGAGCCAACCAUGGCUGCAAGUUCCAAGGCGGAGCCUACAGUUUAACUCCUCCUACACAGAACUGACCGCAGUAUUAACAACAGCCAGAGAGCAGAAUGAAAUCAACUCAUUCCCUUACCCACUCGCCCUGGAACCAAACAACACAGGAGGAGAGAACGGCUGGACGGACCUGACAACGAUAGCAGCGGUCAGCGCACAACUGUUUGACCGCGAGGGUCGAGCGGUUGAGGUCACCGAGCCCGUUCACAUCUCCGUACCUCUGCCUUCUGAUACUCGCAUAAGAUCUGCCACCAGCAUACCGGUAUGGAUGUACGACACCAAGACAGGACUAUGGGUACGAAACGGAACAGGAUUUAUCACUCGAGAGGGAUCACAGCUAACGUGGGACUUCACUGCCUCCCAGCUUGGCUACUGGAUCGCAGCCUUCCGUUCUUCAGCAGGCUCAGGGUUGUCUCACCCAGGCCUGAGGGACAUCACAGCCUACCACACCUUCUUCCUGCUGUCCAUCCUGGGAUCUCUGGCUCUGCUGGUAUUAGUCUUACUCUGUGUCCUACUCUACUACUGCAGACGAAGGUGUCUGAAGCCCCGACGGCAGCAGAAACAGGUUCAAGCUCCAUCUGCUUUGAACGGAUCCAAGCGGGACCAAGGCACCUCCAUGUCCCACUUGAACCUCAUCUGUGGCGGCCAUGCCGAAUCCGCUGCCUCCAACGGCAACUUGGACGCCAACAAAUCCGAGGGAUCCCCAUCCCAUGCCUUCAAGAGUGCUCGGGAGGAGUUUACCAGACACAUUCCUGCCCACAAGCUUAGGCAUUCCUCAAAGACCAAGCAAUCCAAAGGUGCCCAAAGAAAUGCUGAAAGCUUCCCAAUGAAAGUGCAUCGAUCCACAGAUACAAGCAAUCUGGACAGCAAUCUUCUACAUGAGGACUACGGACGCAACUACAGCCCUGACGAGAAGGAUCGCGACUAUCGCCGGAGGCAUGUCGUCAAUGAUAACCGUGGCUACACGUCUGAUCCGCCUUCUCCACCAAUUGUUGACAAGCCUCCGGAGUACUCGCAGGUUUUGCAAGGGCCCGAUCACCUCGCUCGUCCAACGUCACUCAAUACGCAACCAGGUCAGAUUAUAUUCUGCAGCUCAUUGGAUCAGAUGAAGGAGAACAUGUACCGUAGUAUGGUACCAACUCUUGUGAUCCCAGCCCACUACAUGAGGCUGUCGUCAGAGUUUGGUGCCACAGAUCAGGGAAAGAUGGAGCGAACCAGGCAGACAGAGAUGGACAAGAGUUCACAGGGUGCCAGCAGCGGGAUUCAAGGCCAAAACCACCAAGGCCAGACCCCUGGUUCAGGCCAUUCAGAAGCCCAAGAAGGUGCAUCUCCAGCAGGCUCAGAUGAGAGUGUUUGGCCCCCCGGCGGUGGAACACCGGCACCGGUUCACAUCCCUGUUUUGUUCAAUGACUCCACCAUUUCGCAGAUGAAUGGGGAGCUUCAAGCACUCACAGAGAAGAAGCUUCUGGAACUGGGGGUGAAGCAGCACCCUCGUGCCUGGUUCAUAUCACUUGACGGGCGUGCCAACGCUCACGUACGCCACUCCUACAUAGAUGUUGGUGCUGAUCAUGGCCACAGUGGAACACAUAGCGGCAACCAUAGCGCCCAAAGCACAUUGAGCGCCCCUGCCGGGAGCAGUAAAGACCGAAAUGUAGAUACAAGUCUCCACGAAACCCAACAUGAGCGCAAAUCCGCAUCCGGUCGCAAGACCAAAGAGGAACACCACGGAAGCGGUCGCAAGGGCCAUGGGGGAAGCAGCUCCAGCGGUACAAGUGGUGGGAAACACUACUCCAAACCUACCUACCAUGACCCUCUCGACCUGAGUGGAGGAGUGAGCCGCAUGGGGGCCAGUUCGCCACUGGAAAACCCAUUGACCCCUCUUUUGGAUGACGGUCCCGAGGAACCAAGGGGGUCUUCAAUGCCAAGAAGGGGACGUAGCAGGGGUAACAGCUCACGUAGUAGCAACAGCGAAACGCAGCGUGACUCUGUCACCAGCCCGGAAGAUGACAACGACCUCGAUGACAAGGAUGAGAACAAGAAAAGUCCCUGGCAGCGUAUUGAAGAGCGCCCCCUUAUGGUGUUUCAUGCCAAGAAAUAGAGUGAGAAAAUCAAUCCCAGCAGCUGCCUUUACCAAUUAGAUGAACUAGAUGUUCAAAUUGAUAACGACUUUGAAAGUUUUACAAAUGUCACCCAAAAAUGUUCACAGACUGACUAUUUGUGUCUUGAUAAUUUGACAGACGUUUCCAAAAAAAGAAUAAGGGCGAGUGCAUUCAAAUAAAGCACAACACACAAAGAGGAAGACUUUGUCUUACAGUCUGCGGUCUGAUAUUUCCAAACCAAUCAGACUCUAACAAACUAUUGCAUCCAAAAGUACCCAAGUACCUUUUCACUCUCAAUGAUUUGGUGGUAAAUAACUUUUUGAAUGGAUGGAUUUUAGCUUGAGUCUUCGAUAUGUUGGAUCAAGAACUUGAUGUCUCCCGAACUUCAUGUUAAACUUUAGAGACCUGUUUCCUUAUGUUCUAAUGCAGUAUAUUUCUUGGUAUCCCUUCCCAACUCGCUCGUUCUUCUACCUUCAAACUCAUAAUUUUGAUGUCAGUUCCUCAUUCAAUCUUCCAUACAUUUCAUACAUGUUAUGUGAAUCUCUAAACUGAAAUUUACAGUUCAGAUUUCAAACAUUCCAGAUUUUUUACUGCUAGUCCUUAAUAUCUUACAUAGAUUGAGGAAAAUUAAAUUAAGAAGGCUUUAUGUUCACAUUUAUGUGUGAUGUGAUGUUAUAGCAAUUUCUGUAAGUCAUUACACAAUGCAUUUUGAUUUAUUGUAAUAUAAAAUCCUUAUAAUCCACAUUUUUCACUCCAAUACACCUAGUUUUUGAGAAUGUGAUAUACCUAAACCUAGCACAUGUUGUGUUAAAGUACAGAUUUAUAUAGGAAAAGCUGAUUCCAAAUUAGGUUUUUUCAAUGGGACCCUGUUCUCACUUAUAAUAAAAAAGCAUUGACUGUGAAACAGUAGAUAUGAAUGUAUAUUCCCCACAAUUAGCAUUUUCAGUCGGCCUUUAAUUCAUUUAAAAGAGAGCCGUUAGCAUUUUGUGUAUAUGUAUGAUAGCCUAUAUGUGCAUGAGAUAACUAGUGUAGGACAACAGAUUUUUUAUGCCUACAAAUUAAAAUAGACACUAUUCAAGCAUGAAGGUGGUUAUUAGAUGCAUCUGAUAUUGAUGCCUAAAGGGAAUAAAUUUGCCAAAAUUUCAAAUGCCAGUUUGAAUUAUUAUAUACCAGUUUACAGGCCAAAUCUUUUCCAGUGCUGUUAGUAUUCACACUGUCUGUAACUUGCAUUGACUGUGAAAAAAGUCUGAUCAUUUUAAUAAGCCAUUCAGAUAUUAAAAGCUAGUAAUUUAUGACACUUUUCAAUUUGUUACUUUUCUAUUUUUUAAAAGAUUUUUUUAUUAUUUGACUCGUGUUAACCAUCAUCAAAACAAGCACAAGACUUGUGUCAUUUUAAUGCAACAUUUUAUGAAUAAUUAAGGCAGAUUUACAGGGUACCGUAUGGAGCAUGACGGCCGAGACACUCGAGAGCUAUUUGAUGACUAUCAAACAUGAUACAAAGAGACUUUUACUAAAAUAGCUCUGCUCAUGCUGAUCUGGUGCCAAUCACAUGUAGACUGGUGAUUAAUGCUGUCUCUUGAGAUGACUGUCAACUUACAACAAAUGACAGGACUGUUGCAACAUGUGUCAAUUGUUUUGCAACCCUUCCUUACUUCCUUAUAAUGAAUUUGACUGGAAUUGAGUUUAAGUACUGGAUUAUCCAUCACAAAGUUGGUGAUUAAGAGUGAGACUCAUCUAUAGCGUAAGCUGUGGUUGUGGAAUUCUACAGAGGAUUUUAGUAAGAUUUAUAUUAUAUACUAUAUGCUGAAACCCCUAAUCCUUACACAGUCUCAAAAUGUAUACAAUUCACCCACAGUUUCACUGAUUUUAGAUUUGCACACUCUUUUUAGCACGAGUUUCACUCAAACCUAUAAGAAACUGAACUCAAAAGCCAUUCUCUUCCUCCGUCUGUUCAGAUUUUGUUGGUAAUUUACGCAGGAAAUCUCGAUAUGCCUUUGUCAAUGUACAUUUAUCACGUGAUGUGGUGCUCUAAAAUACAUUUCCCUCUGUACUGUAUAAAUAUUUCUCUCUUUGACUGAAUAUGACGAAUAUGAUGAUAUUAUGAUGUUGUUUCCAUUGUGCACAACAAGCUUUGCGUAAUUGUUCUAAAAUCAUGUCAGAUGGAACUUUUGCAAUUUUAUAAUUUGUUCAUAAUAUCCUAGAAAAAUCACAUGUGAAAUGGACUGUUUCACUUCUGACGUGUCCGAAAGUCAUGUGUUAAAAAAUAAAGAAAUUCCAUUUCUUGUGGGUUUUUCCCUUCA